UCUCCAUGGUGACGCGGGGAGAACGCUCCCGUGGACGGGGAGCCGGGACUGCGGCAGGGACAGCGCCGGGGCCCGGGAGCAGCUCCUCGGGGCUGGACACCUUCCCUGGAAUAAAAAAGCCCCGGGACCCCCCGGGACCCCCCGUCCGGCCGGGCAGCGCUGAGGGGGGUGAAGCCAAUGGACAAGGAAGAGGACAAAGAUCACGCACCCCCAGACAAUGAGAGAAGCAGUACAGAGGACUGUCUGCCAGAGCUGAAGAAAAAGGAAAAAGAAGCCAAGCGUGUUAUCAAAACUAUCCAGUGGACCACAGGCAACAACUUCACAGUGGAGAGAGGGCGGCAGCAGAUUGAAGAGCUCAUUUCUCACUGCCCUCAAGUCACCUCUACUGGACAGAGGGAGUCUCAGUGUGAUGCCUUUAUUCGACAGACAUGGGACAUUCACAAAAGCUGGCUUCACCACUCUGAAUUUCUUGAGGAAGAAGAACUGAAGGACAGCAAGAGGUACCAUUACAGAGCUUGCUGGGGCAUCCCAACACGCAGAAAACCCAUCCCACGAGCAACAGCAAGUGUCUACUUUGUUAUAGUGAUCUCCAAACUCAAACCUGACACCUCGCCUGUGGAGGUUUUCUUCAGACUGGAGUCCAGCAGGCUGAUUCGCAGGCCAGAAGAGUGUCAGUUUAGAGAAAAGUGGCUUCAGGACAUUAUUGAAAAUAAAAUAAUCCUCAUAGAAAGACUUGGUUCCCAAUGAGCAGCUCCAAUUCACCAUCACCAAUGCUCUGUUGUGGAGAACCAAAUAAACACCAUGAAGAAAGAAAA